CACGUAAGCAAAAUGCUAUUUGAUAGUUGAAUAUUAGGUAAGGCAUCUACAGAAUAGAGCUAUACUUUACAGUGCUGCAUUAAGAUGGCGCACGAUCCGCUUGUCGUAGUCGUAGUAGUAAUGUUACGUGAAUAUUCGUGUAACUCUGCUGACAAAACACCUGAGAUCACCUGAUGAUUAUCAAUAGAGAAAUCACCAUCACGAGUGUGUUUGGCUUUCGCGCUUGUGCCGAGAUAUUACUCGAUUAAACUAGUUCGAAAAAAAGUCACAUGUUUUCGAAUAAUCAAGUUAAAUGAAGUCGUGAAAGCGUUUGUUGUUUUUCUUCACGUAUAGUCAUCCUUCGAAAUUACAGUCUUUUAAUUUGUGUUGACGGAUAGCUGCAUCAAAAUCCAAAUGUGGUCAAGCUUUGAUAAAAGAAUAUUUUCCUCUCUUCGUCGUCAAUCGAAAUAAAAGACGAGAUAAAAGUGGCUUCGUUCGAGUGCAAGUUGAACAGUAAGCUAUUCUAGUAUAUCGUUUGGUCGUAGAAGACGUGGCUAACGAGAAAAAUGAGUCUAAAUCACCUGCAUCUUGAAAUUGGUGAACAAGAAUUAGAAUAAUAAAUUAAGCUUGAGAAAUUCAGUGAGUUAAGAGUGCUUCUCUUGAUUGUUUCAAAAUGAGUUCAAGUAUGGUUAACAGCGCUUUCGAGAAUCCUUGUUUUGUUCCCGAUUCUGAGCUAACAACUCCGUCAGAAUCGAAUGUAGCUCAAGAAGAACAUCUACCUGAUUAUCAUGUGGACAAUUUCGAGUGCAAUUCCUCAUCGACCAGCAGUGAAAAAUGUUCGGUAGAAAAUGAAGAUUCAGCGUUGCCUAGAACGAGUAUCAGUGCCACAUCGAGUGCCCCAUUGGAACAUCUCGAAAACUUUCUUAGCGAUGCUCGUUCAAGUUUGGACGAUUCUCCAGUUGCUGCUUUAAGAAGGCUCAGCGUUGUGAAAUUUGAUACACCACAAGAAGGUUAUCCAAGAUCACCAUUCAUUUGGAAACUCAAUCGAUUAAUGCAAAGCUUUCCUGUAAAUCUUCUGACAACGCUCUGCAUAUUGUCCGACUUGGGCGUUGUUGUUGCAGACGUCAUUGUGAACAGUCUGAUAUACCAGAUUGAAAUUUCAGGAAACACUAGUAGCAAUAUUAAAGACUCAAAUGUGCUCUAUGUUCGAGAUAGUUACGUCAUAACGGAUUUUAUUUUUUCUGUCUACCUGCUCGUCGAGCUUCUUCUGCGUAUCGUCGCUGUAGGAUUAAUUCCUUUUGUCCAACAAUGGCACAAUGACCUGGAUGCCUUGGUGACCUUCUCCACCUUCAUUUUCUCCAUGGUGGAUCUAAUCGUUGAUGACACUGCGACAUCCAACGGCUUACAAUACCGGCUUCUACAGACUGCUAGACUGUGUCGUCUAUUCAGAAUUGUUCGUGUUUUCCGAAUUUAUACGAUGCAGAGACGAUUAACUAACGCAGCUCGACUAAUGGUCUCCAGAAACAAGCGCAGGUAUCAACACGAUGGCUUUGAUUUAGAUUUAACGUACGUUACAGACAAAGUCAUUGCCAUGAGCUUCCCAUCAUCAGGCAAAAUGUCAUUCUAUCGAAAUCCCAUAUCCGAGGUUGUCCGAUUGUUGGACACGAAACAUCCCAAUCGCUACAAGGUUUACAAUUUGUGCAGCGAACACAGUUACAAUCCAUCGUAUUUCCACGGAAGAGUUGCACAUUUCCCAAUUGACGACCACAACGUGCCAACUUGUAGGCAAAUGAUUGAAUUCACCAAAAGUGUCCGCAACUGGCUGGAAUCCGAUCCCAAUAACGUGAUUGCCGUUCACUGCAAAGGAGGAAAAGGUCGAACGGGAAUGAUGGUUUGUGUCUGGCUGGUGGAAGCCGAACUUUUUCUCAAGGCAGAAGAUUCGCUCGUUUACUUUGGAUCACGCAGAACAGAUACCCGAUACGGUCACGCAUUUCAAGGUGUAGAAACGCCAUCGCAGAGCAGAUACGUCAGAUAUUACGAACGGAUCAAAGAAAACGGAGGCCAUUUACCGCCAGAUAAAAGACUUCAUCUACGCAAAAUACGCAUGGAAGGUAUUUCACGUCUGGGUAAAGGCGAUGGCUCUGAUUUCAGCGUGGAAGUUUACGUCGACCGAGACUCAUCUCCCGUGCUGCAAGCUGAUUUUCGGAAACAACAUUGCUGUCAGACGAUUUUCUUAUCACGUGAAGAGGCCGUCGAAUGUUUGCUCAGCAAAGCUCCACCGAUUCACGGCGACGUCCGAAUCAUAAUCCGACAUCGAUCGAUAAGUGUGCCCAAGGGCUACAUGAACGCCGUUCUCUACUUCUGGUUCAAUUGCAGCUUUGUGGAAAACAACAGGCUACGAUUAAAACGCGAAGAGUUGGACAACCCACACAAAUCGAAUACGUGGCGCUAUUUUACUCCCGAUUUCGCUGUGCAACUAGACUUCAGUGAAUGCAAUCGAACGGAUGCCGAUACAAACGGAUCAACUACACUACCUGAACUUUUUUUACAAGAUUAGUUACACAAUGUCCUCUUUUUUUAUCAUUUUUACCUUUUACCCAUUUGUUUUCUUUUCAUUUCGAAGCAUUCAAAAUGAAACGGAACUAUCAAAUGUUAUGAACGCACAUGAAUAUACUGCACGCCGACAGCACUAAUUCAAUGGAAAUUUGCGUGCAGCUUUGUUCCUGAUAUCCGUUACCAUGUCCUGUCGCUAUGUGAGAUUCACUUUGAAAGAUUUGUUCGAAUCUGCGGUGUGGUAAAGAAUACCUUUAUGAAAAAUAUACACUUCAAUUGUU